AUGGCUAUCUUACGGAUUUGUGCAGACUGGAGAAGCUUGACACGGAUUUUGUUUGUAUUUUACCUUUUUUGCUUUCUCACACCAAGCAAAAGCGUGCGUUUGAGUAAUGGUGCUGACAGAGUUGAAUUCAAGCAAGAAGUAUCAGCCCUGCUGCGAUCUCUCAACUUACCUCAACAUACAGAGUAUGAGAUCGUUUCUCCAUAUGAGGUCAACCACCAAGGUGUUUACAUCUCUCAUGAAGUCGCCCACCACCAACGACGAAGAAGGAGAUCUUUGACCCCAGACACGCCCUCACCCAGCAGUGAGACAGUCCACUUCCGCCUGAGCGGUUUGGGCCAGGACUUCCACAUGGAGCUGGAGGAAGCCUCAGAAAGCCUGAUAGCACCUGGCUUCACCAUCCAGGUCCUGGGAAAGAAUGGCACCAAGAGCCUGAGGGCCUACCACCAGGAUGACCUGUGCUUUUACCAGGGGUCACUGAAGUCAAGAGUCAACUCCUCGGUGGCACUGUCCACAUGCAUGGGGAUGUCAGGUUUGAUCAGAACACAAGAUGCAGACUACUUCCUGAGACCUGUUCCCCGCAGCCUUGCCAAGACAGAGAACUUCACAGCCCCCUCCAGCCACCAGCCACACAUCCUCUACAAGAGCGAGAGGACAGCCCCAGGAGAAAGGAGAGGUCAUGAGCCUCAGGUGUCCCAGAAGAGAUCCACAGAUUUAACUUAUCACAAAUUACACGGACACGCCAUCUCCAAGAGAUCCACAAACUCAAGGACUGACCCAGACGACAACACGAUUAAUGGAGAGCAGCAAAAACACCAAAAUGGCAACAACAAUGACAACAGGCGUGGAGACCAGGUGGAACAUCAUCACAGAGGACACCACCAUGAGAACAACUACAGACACGGGGAGAGGCAGAGGCAACACUUCUGUGGGAGAAGGAAGAAAUACAUGCCCAAACCUCCAGAGGGUGAUGUUUUUAUCCUGCCAGAUGAGUACAAGUUCAUCCCCAGGAACAAAAGAGCCGUGCUGAUGAAGAACCAGGGUAACCAGAGGCUAAACGUUGAGAUGCUGGUGGUAGUGGACAAAAAGAUGAUGGAGAGCCACGGCCAUGAGAACAUUACAACAUAUGUUCUUACUGUGCUUAACAUGGUGUCAAGCCUCUUCAAAGACGGUACAAUCGGAGGGAACAUCAACAUUGUGAUCGUGGGCCUUGUGCUUCUGGAUGAAGAGCAGGAUGGCUUGGUGAUCAACCACCAUGCAGACCACACACUGAACAGCUUCUGCCAUUGGCAGUCUACGCUCGGAGGCAGGGAGGGGCGGCACCACGACCACGCCAUCCUCCUCACAGGACUCGACAUCUGCUCAUGGAAAAACGAACCCUGUGACACUCUCGGAUUCGCUCCAAUUAGUGGGAUGUGCAGCAAGUACCGGAGCUGUACCAUCAAUGAGGACACAGGCCUGGGUCUGGCAUUCACCAUUGCUCAUGAGUCAGGACACAAUUUUGGGAUGGUCCAUGAUGGUGAAGGGAAUGUUUGUAAGAAAUCUGAGGGCAACAUCAUGUCUCCUACUUUAGCCGGUCACAAUGGCGUCUUCUCCUGGUCUGCCUGCAGCCGACAGUACCUCAGCCGCUUCCUCAAUUCUGCACAGGCUCUGUGCCUAUCAGAUGAACCACGAGCAGUUAAGGAGUAUCGGUACCCUGAGAAGCUGCCUGGCGAGCUGUACGACGCAGACACACAGUGUAAAUGGCAAUUUGGGGAGAAGGCAAAGCUCUGCACCCUGGACUUUAAGAAGGAUAUCUGCAAGGCUCUGUGGUGCCACCGUGUUGGAAGAAAGUGCGAGACCAAGUUCAUGCCAGCUGCUGAAGGCUCUGCCUGCGGACCUGAUAUGUGGUGUCGUAGGGGCCAGUGUGUGAAACAGGGUGAUGAGGGCCCAAGGCCACAGCAUGGUCAGUGGUCAGAGUGGUCAUCCUGGUCUGUCUGCUCACGAAGCUGUGAGAGUGGAGUCACAUAUCGAGAGAGGCAAUGCAACAACCCAAGGCCUGCAUUUGGAGGGAAGUUCUGUGAGGGUUCCUCAAAGUCAUACAAACUGUGCAACACUCAGGAUUGCCCCCCCAACACGACUGACUACAGAGCCCAGCAGUGUGCGGAGUUUAACAGCAAACAGUUCAGAGGAUGGUUCUACACCUGGAGGCCAUACGUGAGAGUGGAUGAACAAGACGUAUGUAAGCUGUACUGCUUUGCUGAAGGUUAUGAUUUCUUCUUCGCCCUGGCGAGCAAAGUGAAGGACGGGACUCUGUGCUCACAGGACAGCUCUAAUGUCUGUAUUGAUGGACUGUGUGAGAGGGUGGGCUGUGACCGUGUGUUGGGCUCCACAGCUGUGCCAGAUGCCUGUGGUGUAUGUAAAGGCGACAACUCCACCUGCAAGAUCUAUAAAGGACAGUACACAAAGCAGCAUUAUACAAACCAAUACUACGGGGUGGUAACUAUCCCAGCAGGUGCUCGUAGUAUCCGUGUGGUGGAAUUGAACACAUCCAAUUCCUACCUUGCUGUGAGGGACACACAACGCCGCUACCACCUCAAUGGACAAUGGACGGUGGACUGGCCAGGUAGACACCCAAUCGCUGGAGCCAUUUUUGAAUAUAAGAGACCCUACAACAGACCAGAGAGCCUCAUAUCAACUGGUCCCACCAAUGAGACACUCGUCAUAGAGAUCUUGUUGCAGGGCUGGAAUCCAGGUGUACGUUGGGAAUACACUUUGAGAAAAACAGAUGAGCGAAAAAAUCAUAUAAAACACAACUACACAUGGGCCAUCGUACGCUCCCAAUGUUCAGCCACCUGUGCUGGAGGUCACAUGAACACCAAGUCAGCAUGCUACAAAGACUUGCGAGUGCAGGUGAAUACAUCCUACUGCAAUCCUCGAUCGAGACCAGCCACUGGACUGAUGCCCUGCAACACCCAACCCUGUCCUGCCAGCUGGUCUGUAGGAGAAUGGGGGCUAUGCAGCCAGAGCUGUGGAGGAGGGGAGCAGACACGACAGGUCCAGUGCAUCCAGAGAACCAGCCAGACCAACGUAGACACACUGGCUGACUCUCACUGCGCCAAGCCCAUUCCAGCCAGGAGUCAAACCUGCAACACACACAGCUGUCCCCCGGUUUGGACCAGUGGGCCGUGGUCACAGUGUUCUCGUAAAUGUGGAAACGGCCUGAGGAAGAGGACGGUUCUGUGUAUGAGCACCAACCCUGGAGCUCAGAAACAAACACUUCCUGACAGUUUGUGUGCAGGCCUGCAGAAACCUGCAAGUCAAGAGUCCUGUUUCAUCAAACGCUGCCAGAAACAACGCAAAGUCCAGUGGUUUGUCUCCACGUGGCAAGAGUGCUCAGUUACAUGUGGUCAUGGCAAUCAGGCACGCUUCAUCAAGUGUGCUGAGAAGGACACUGCAGGAAAAUACAGAGAGCUUGCUGCCAAGAAGUGCCACCAUGUCCCCAAACCCAUAGUGGAGCUCCAGAGGUCCUGCAUCAUGGCUGAGUGCCCCAUCCGCACUACUCCACCAGUCCACCGAUGGAGCACACAACAUCGCACCUAUCCACCUCAACCAAUCCCACAGCCUUUGCCUCAGCCAAAGUGGCACUCGUCUCCCUGGUCUCAGUGCACAGUAACAUGUGGCGGAGGAGUGCAGGCCAGGACAGUCCAGUGUCUGGUCCAAGGAAAGCCCUUCUCUGGCUGUGCUCUCCAUCUUAAACCCUCCAUGUCCCAGGCCUGCAACACUAACUUCUGCCCACAGCCUGAGAAGAAAGAUGUUGCCUGUAGGGAUUACUUCAACUGGUGUUACCUGGUGCCCCAGCAUGGAGUCUGCAGCCACAAAUUCUACGGCAAGCAGUGCUGCCAAUCCUGUUCAAAUUCAAACCUAUAAUCACGCAG